GUUGAGCAGAGGGAAAUUCCUUUCUUUACUCCGAGACCCACUGUAUUUGCGAACGCCACCGUUACACGCAUCUACUGACGCUCUUCUACACCACCAUGAAGAUCGCAAUACUGACGUCUGGCGGCGAUAGCGCCGGUAUGAAUGCAGUCGUGCGUGCCGCUGUGAAAGCUGGCAUUAUAAAAGGUUGUGAAAUGUGGGUUGUCCGAGAAGGAUACGAAGGCCUAGUUCUAGGAAACACUGAAGACAAACCGCCCCAUGUCCAAGACACCCCACAGAUUGCCGAAGGUGUCGACGUCACUCUUGUCGAAAACCUUCGCUUUGGGGACGGGGAAUUGCUAAAGAAUGGAAUGGGUGAUUACUCUAAUUCCAAGGGCAGAUCACUCAAAGGGAGAUACAUCGUACGUGUCGGUUGGGACGACGUGAGGGCAUGGUUUGCCGAGGGAGGUACACUAAUUGGCACGGCACGUUCUGCUGCCUUUAGAACUCAUGAAGGCCGAUUAGCUGCGGCCCAUAACAUGAUUAAGGAAGGCAUUGACGCCCUUCUUGUCUGUGGAGGAGACGGUUCCCUCACAGGAGCGGAUGUCUUCCGCGCUGAAUGGCCUAGUUUAGUUGGUGAACUCCAAUCUCAGUCCAAGAUCACCGAAGCCCAAGCUACAACGCAUCGCCAUCUUAGAAUCGUUGGCCUUGUUGGGUCCAUUGACAAUGACAUGUCAUUGACGGACUUGACCAUCGGCGCGCCAACCGCCCUUCAUCGGAUUUGUGAAGCUAUCGACAACAUCAACUCCACUGCUACCAGUCAUUCACGAGCCUUCGUUUUAGAGGUCAUGGGGAGGCACUGCGGGUGGCUGGCUCUUCUUGCUGGUGUUAGCGGUGGUGCCGAUUUUAUCUUUAUUCCCGAGCGACCUCCGAAAGUCACGCCUUGGGAGGAUGAAAUGUGUGCCGCUAUCCAUCGUCAUCGAGAAGUUGGUAAACGAAAAACUAUCGUGAUUGUCGCAGAGGGCGCCCUUGAUUGCAAUCUGAAUCCCAUCCGAGCUGAGUACGUCAAAGAUGUACUCAGUGAACGCCUGGGGCUUGAUACGAGGGUCACGACGCUUGGACAUACUCAAAGAGGUGGAAAACCGUGUGCUAUGGAUCGUAUACUGCCUACUCUCCAAGCUGUGGAGGCAAUCGAUGCAUUGUUGGAAGCCACACCGGAUACACCGUCUUACAUGAUUGGAAUGCAAGAAAACAAGAUUUCGAGGGUGCCGUUAGUUGGGGCCGUCACAAUGACUAAGGCAGUCGCUACGGCUAUCGCGGAUAAAGAUUUCGAGAAGGCCAUGUCGCUUCGAGACCCGGAGUUCCGCGAAAGUUUAGAGGGUUUCCAUGCUGUAUCUGUAUUAGAUGAAGAGAAGAGGCUACCUCCGGCUCAGAGGAUGCGUGUUGCUAUUUUGCACAUGGGAGCACCUGCGGGCGGUAUGAACGCCGCUACUCGUGCUGCGGUCAGAUACUGUAUUCGCCAAGGGCACACACCUUUCGCGAUCAACAAUGGCUUCCGUGGUCUUCUUGAUGAUAACAUCUCGGAGAUGUCGUGGCUCGGCGUCGAUUCUUGGAUGGCCCGAGGUGGUUCCGAACUGGGGACAAAUCGAGUAUUGCCCUCCAUCGAUCUGGGAGCUGUUGCCGCAAAGUUCCAAGAAUAUUCUUUCCAAGCUUUCAUGAUGAUCGGAGGAUUUGAGGCAUUCAGCGCAUUACUGAUUUUAGAGGAAGGGAGGAAGUAUUAUCCUGCUUUUCAUAUUCCAUUGGUGCAUCUGCCGGCCACAAUCAGUAACAAUGUCCCAAUGACAGACUACAGUUUGGGGAGCGACACGAGCUUGAAUGCCUUGGUAGAUGCGUGCGAUGCCAUCAAGCAAAGUGCUAGCGCUAGCCGUAACAGAGUGUUUGUGGUGGAAACCCAAGGAGGGAAUUGUGGAUAUAUUGCCACCAUGGGUGCGUUGGCGGUAGGCGCAUCUCUCGUUUAUACCCCGGAACAAGGCAUAUCCCUCGACACCCUAAGACGCGAUGUAAGGUACUUGAAAAUGAGGUACAGCCUUGAUGUCAAGGGGAAAAGUGAAGGACGCCUUGUAAUUCAAAACGAGGCCGCAUCUCAGGUAUACACAACGCCUGUGAUAACAAAGGUGUUCAAGGAGGAAGGCCGUGACCUGUUUGAUUCCCGGUCUGCUUCUCUUGGCCAUACGUUGCAAGGAGGUAUACCAUCACCCACAGAUCGCGCGCGCGCAGUUCGUCUGUCGUUGAAAUGCAUGGCCUUUAUCGAAAGAGAGCACGACAAGCUGAUGAAACAGCAUCCCAAGACGAGACAUGCCAGUCCUGAUUCAGCCGCUGUCAUCACAAUCCAAUCGAGUUCGAUUAAGUGGGUACCUGUGCAGGAUAUGGUACAUCAUGCCGACAUGAAGAAUCGCCGUGGACAGAACCCAUGGUGGGCAUCAAUGAAGGAGCUGGUGGAGGCACUAGCGGGCCGGCCUCAAAUCGUGAAGCUUCAUGAUUGGGAUUUAAUUGGGUGAACAUGAGUUGGAAUAGAACGUGUUAACUACUACGAAUCUGGU